AAAAACGAAUCAUAAUUUAGAAUUCGUUCGAUAAAUAUAAUAAAAUUAAAAGCUCGUAUCAUUUUGACUAGCAACGUGAUUGGUAAACGACACAACUGUACGCAUUAAUCAACCAAUCCGCAUUAGCGCCAACGUCACGCAAUAGAGAAUAAUCACCUAGCGGAAAUAAUUGGAAUCUUUGUUUUCUGUUAAGUUUGCCAUCGUGGAAAGUUACUCGAUGCUCAUUUAAAUGUCAAAAAUUAAUAGACUCUGAAAAGUGACACUAACGGUAUUGUGUUUAUAUAUUACUUAUAAUGAAAUAAUGUACGAGUAAUAAUUAUUUGAAUCAAUAACAACUCUAUCGAAUAACUAUUCCGAUUAACAUUACGAAUUAUAUUCUUAACAAUGAUGCUUCAUAAAAUGAGUUCCAAAUUGUGUCGUUUAUGCGGUAAAGAAAAACAACAAGGUACAGAUGUAUUUAAAGAUAAAGUCAAAGGUGCUGUAUUAAUUUCGAUUAUUAAUAAAUAUUUCUCCAAAGAGGUUAUAAAUAUAUCGACUACAGAUGUGUUCUCAAAGUACGUUUGCAUUGAUUGCGAACAAAAAAUUUGUAUAUUUGAUGAAUUUUGUUUAAUGGUUGCCAAUGUGCAAAAACAAUUAGCUGCACCUUCUUUAGAAAUUGACUUUGCCGAGGAUAUGUUGUGUCAUCUGAAAGAAAACGAUAGCGUUGAGAAAUCCUCAAUGAAUAAACAGGAUACAAGAAAAUCUAUAUGUCCUAUAUGUACGAAAAGUUUUAGAUGUCAAGCGCAUUUAGAAAGACAUAAACGUAUACAUACAGGACAGAGACCUUUUAUUUGUACAAUUUGUAGAAUGUCCUUCAAUCAGCAAGAAAUACUUAUGAAACAUAUGGAAAGACACGAAGGGAAAAAACAAUUUCAGUGUGCUAAUUGUCAUCAAUCAUUUCGCUACAAAGUUUCUUUAAAUUCGCAUAUGAUCAAUUUUCAUAUGGAUAUGGAUCAGUCUGUCAUACACGGUCAUGUAAUGCCUAUCGAUAGUAAUUCUUUUACAUGUUCAGAAUGUGGUAAACAAUUUGUAACAAAGUACAAACUACAACGACAUUCCAGAUGUCAUACCGGUGAAAGACCAUAUCAUUGUACGUUUUGCACUAAAACAUUUUCGCAAACAGGGAAUCUGAAAGUACAUCAAGUCAAAUGUCAUCAGAUACCCGAGUCGUUAACAGAAAUAAGAGGACAACCACAGAAUAAUACUCAAGUUAUGAAUCGCGACAUGUCAGCGCCCUUAAAUAAUUUUCAUGCAGUAUACAUAUCGGAAAGUGAAAUACAAAAGACUAUAAACGAAACAAUUAAUUCGACAGAUCCAAGUACAUCCUAUCUCAAUAAAAUGUACGAAAAUCCUCUUUAUAUAGAUGACGAAAUAGAAACCAUGCUGGAUCAUGAUCUUGGACAAUUGGAACAGAAUAAAUAUACUACGAGUUCGCAAGAUAAAGUAUCUCUUUGUUUAAAACAACCAGAGACUCCUGAAUUAUUGCAUAGUUUAUUGUACGACGAUUAAUAUGUAAUGGCAUUUAAUAUUAUCCUAAAAUCGUCUCUAUAUCAUUUCGAAUGUAAUGCAAUAAUAUACGAUAUUAGGUACAUAUGAAAUAAUGUACGACGUUACAAAUACAUCUAGCAGUGUACGAUAGUUAUUAAAAAAACGAAAAUGUACACAUACGACGUGUAUCUUUCGAAGUAUAAUAUGUAAACGAUAGAUCAUAGAAAAAACUUGUUAACUUAGUUUUUGAUGGAAGUAUAUGGGAUAAGAGAUGAGAGAGGGAAAGCAAGGCACGAGUACGAUGAAAAGAUUAGGAUAGAUAGUAAACCGCAAUAGUUGCAUAGAGGUGGAAGAGAGUUAGUGCAGGAUAGAGUGGUAUAGAGAAUUGCAUCAAACUAGUCUACGGACCGACGACUCAGAUCAAUCAGAUUAUAAAAAGAAACUGUUCUUGUCUUGUUAUCUGUAUCUAUUAUACAUAUGUUAUUUUAUUUACACUUGUUAUGUAUUAUUGAAUAUUUAUUUGUUAUUUUAAAAUCUUGGACAAUACUAUUGGUAUAAGAAGCGAUCGACUGAUCUAAUAAUUUUGUAUGCUUCAUAAAAAUUGCGUCUUUAAUAAUAAUACAAUCGAUAUGUACUAAUCAUUGUUAAAAAGAAAUAUAAAACUUGAUUGAAAAAAAACACUUUCGUAUAAAAAAUCUUUACAUGGCACAAAAGAAUUGUUUAAAAAAGAUUUGCGUUACGGAAGUAUGGAAACACCAUUCGCUCAUACGAUUUAUUUAGUUGCAUCACAAUUAUAUUAACAAAUACAUAUUGAUAUUGUGUGUGAUGAAUUUCUUAUAGUUAAGAGAGGAUUUCUUCCUGCAAGUUAUCACAAUUAAAAUGAUGUUCAGAUCAUAAUUAAAAGUCAGUCGGGCAAUAUAUAAAUUGGAUAUACUAUUAAAUUAUUCAAAUAGUGAACUUACAAACUAUACAUUAAUAUAUUAAUCAAAUGCAUAUAUAUAUAUAUAUCGAUACACCUAUUCGUAUUCUAUGUUUUUACAAUCUCUUGAUAAAACAUAAAAUUUAACAA